GUGUCCUAAAUUCUGUGCGGAGAAUUAGGCUUAGCGAAACCAACCUAAAUCACUAUUUUUGUCUACCAACUUUUUCUUCUUCUUUCUUUGUACUCAACCUAAAGCAGGCAGGAUUUAUAUAUAAUCUACUCUAAAACCGAACCAGAUUUUUUAGAAACAUGAAGAAGAGAAAACAUGAGACGUUGUUUCUUGUCAUUCUCCAUGCUCUGCUUUUCAGAAGAAGAAAACAACGCAUUCACCGCUUCCUUACUCUUGCCUCUGCUUUAUUUGCUGCUAUUCUGUGCUUAAUUCUGUUUUUCUCUCCUCCCAUCCACCAAAAUCACCUUAUCAAUCCCAUCUCGUUCAUUAACGGCACGGGGUUUCGCAUGAACCUGCAAAAAGAGCAUAUCUUUCGUGUUCCGAUGGGCGGAGGGAGUUUAAGCGGAGACGUAUGGAUUUCCAAGCAAUCCAAAUUCUAUCAUGGCUGCAGCGAUUCCAGCAAUAGUUUUCCAACGGCAGAGGUGAAUACUCAUCCCAAUAGGUACUUGAUGAUUGCAACUAGUGGAGGCUUGAAUCAACAGAGAACAGGGAUUGUAGAUGCAGUUGUUGCAGCUCAUAUCUUGAAUGCCAUCCUAGUAGUUCCAAAACUCGACCAGAAAUCCUAUUGGAAAGAUUCAAGUAACUUCUCUGAGAUUUUUGAUGUCGACUGGUUUAUCUCACGAAUCUCGAAAGAUGUCAAAAUUAUUAGGGAUCUUCCAAGAAUCGGAGAUAAAAUCAUAACUCCAUAUACAACACGUGUUCCAAGGAAGUGCAAUGCCAAGUGUUAUCAAACUCGCAUCCUGCCUAUUUUGAAGAAAAAGCACGCCGUUCAGCUAACAAAAUUUGACUAUAGGCUUUCCAAUCGAUUGACUACAGAUAUGCAGAAGCUGAGAUGCAGAGUCAAUUAUCAUGCAUUGAAGUUUACUGAUCCCAUAACUGAAAUGGGCAGAAAAUUGGUUGAAAGGAUAAGAAUGAAAAGCAGGCACUUUGUUGCCUUGCACUUGAGGUUUGAACCAGAUAUGCUUGCAUUCUCUGGAUGCUAUUACGGUGGAGGAGACAAGGAAAGGAAAGAACUAGGUAAAAUACGAAAGAGGUGGAAGACAUUACAUGCAAGGAACCCCGAUAAGGAACGAAGGAAUGGAAAAUGCCCUCUCACUCCAGAGGAAAUUGGCCUUAUGCUUAGAGCACUUGGUUUCGGUAAUGAUGUUCAUAUUUAUGUGGCAUCCGGAGAAAUUUAUGGUGGAGAGGAGACAUUGGCUCCUCUCAAGGCUUUAUUUCCAAAUUUUUAUUCCAAAGAUACAAUUGCCAGCAAGGAGGAAUUGGCACCGUUCUCUUCCUUCUCUUCUCGGAUGGCUGCGUUAGAUUUCAUGGUUUGUGAUGAGAGCGAUGUUUUUGUAUCCAAUAACAAUGGUAAUAUGGCAAGAAUGCUCGCAGGAAGAAGGAGAUAUUUUGAUCACAAACCAACUAUCCGCCCAAAUGCGAAGAAGCUUAAUAAUUUGCUCCUUCAUCGAAAUAACAUGACAUGGGAGGAGUUUGCUUCACAAAUUCGAACGUCUCAAAUAGGUUUCAUGGGCGAGCCAAUGGAGGUAAAGCCAGGCAGGGGAGAGUUUCAUGAAAACCCAACAGCAUGCAUUUGUGCAGAUUCUGAAAUGGAUAGCGGUGCUGCUACUAUUUCAGGUAUGGGUGAAGCAAGUGAUGGUCAGGUAGGCGAAGAAGAUCAAGAAUGGUCUGAUACAGAAUAUACAGAGAAUGAACUUGAAAUUCGAUGAUGCAGAUGAGUCAAAAAUCGAAGAUGCUUUUCUUGGAUUAAAGAGAAGUUGCAGAUGGGGGGCAGGCAGGUCCUCAUUUUGAGUACUAGCUUCCAUUCAUUGAUUAACAAGAUAACAGUAUGGAGCAAACAAUUGUACAGUGGAAAGUAAGAGGUUGGUUCUCCAGUUUUGCUAGUGAAUGGUGCCGUUUUAGGGAAGAGAAUGACUGAAGUUAGAUGCAUUUAAAUACAUAGAGAGAGCAGGAACAAAUAAACAACUUUAUGCUGCAUUGAUUCUUGGAAUAUCGAUUACUCCUCCAAAGGAGAGGUAAUGCUCAAAAUAUAGGAAGAGUGUGUUGUUGGCGUUGCAUGUUUAUAAGUUGCUGUUUUUUUUUUGUUUUUUUUUUUUAAAAAAAGAAAAACAUGUGUAUAAGAAAAACUCGGUUUUUGCCCUGCAUUUCUUUCGACUGAAUCAGUCAUUGGUAGUUGGAAUAUCAACUGUUUAAUAUACUAAUCGAUCAGCUUUAGUGCCAUUAGUUAAUUUGUCUUGUAGCUGCUACCAAUACUUUUGUUUGAAGACAAAGCACCUUUAAAAUUCUAUAUUUGUAGUAACCUAGAGAAAAGUCAAAAAAAGAAAUUGACGUCCAACUUGAGAUCAUAAUUUCUUCCUCCUUUUUGAAAUUAAGGGAGUAGGUUUUAUCCCUUUGUCAUUGUUUUAAUUUGAACUCCAUCAACAUUCUGGAAGCUAAUUCAAAUUCAAACUAAUAACGAAAACUCUCUUGUCUAAUUUGAAUGAAGUAUAUAUAAUAUAUAAAGAAAAAUGUCUUUUUUAUAUUAAAGUUUUUAAAAAUUAAAAGGUGAUGUGUAAAGCGGGUAACCAACCAUAGGCUGUUUGCGAUGAAUGAAUAAGAUAGUGGACGUGGCCUCUUCUUCCCCAACCAAUUUUGUCAUUUAUUUAUACAAAAAAAUACAAUACAGUUGUUCUCACUCUCUAAUGGCUUCCACCCUCUACGGCCACCUUGCUACCCCUACUCUUCCCUCUCGCAAGCUAUCUUCCUUGUCAUGCCCAACCAUGUUCCAUUCGGCACUUUCCUUUUCCAUCGCCACUACUAAAGCCAAACAUGGUUCCGUACCUAAGGUGGUGUGCAAUGCUCAGAGUGCUCCGGCGGCACUCAAUUUAGCUCCGGGAACACCUGUGAGGCCGACUAGUAUACUAGUUGUGGGGGCCACCGGCACAUUGGGGAGGCAGGUAGUGAGGAGAGCAUUGGAUGAGGGCUACGACGUCAGAUGUCUUGUAAGGCCUAGGCCUGCUCCUGCCGAUUUUCUUCGUGAUUGGGGCGCUACGGUUGUCAAUGCAGAUUUAAGCAAACCUGAAACAAUUCCAGCAACAUUGGUUGGAGUCCAUACAGUUAUUGAUUGUGCUACUGGACGCCCUGAGGAGCCUAUAAAAACUGUAGAUUGGGAAGGAAAAGUGGCUCUUAUACAAUGUGCAAAAGCCAUGGGCAUUCAAAAAUUUAUAUUUUUCUCCAUUCACAACUGCGACAAGCAUCCUGAAGUUCCUCUGAUGGAGAUCAAACACUGUACAGAGAAGUUUCUCCGCGAUUCAGGCCUGAACCACGUUGUAAUUCGGUUAUGUGGCUUCAUGCAGGGCCUUAUUGGUCAAUAUGCAGUGCCUAUAUUAGAAGAGAAAUCUGUAUGGGGAACCGAUGCUCCCACUCGAAUAGCAUACAUGGACACCCAAGAUAUUGCUCGGUUGACAUUCAUAGCUUUACGCAAUGAGAAUAUUAAUGGGAAGCUUCUCACUUUUGCUGGGCCUCGGGCAUGGACAACCCAAGAGGUGAUAACAUUGUGCGAGAGACUUGCUGGUCAAGAUGCCAAUGUGACUACAGUGCCUGUGUCAGUUUUGCGAUUUACACGUCAGCUGACUCGGUUGUUUGAGUGGACGAAUGAUGUUGCUGAUAGAUUGGCAUUUUCAGAGGUUUUGACAAGCGAUACUGUGUUCUCAGUUCCUAUGGCAGAGACAUAUAACCUUCUGGGUGUGGAUGCAAAAGACGUCAGUUCACUGGAGAAAUAUCUGCAGGAUUAUUUCACCAAUAUACUGAAGAAGUUGAAAGACCUUAAGGCUCAAUCGAAGCAAACUGAUAUUUUCUUUUGAAAAAAGUACUACUUUUCUUUUGUGUUGUUGUACAAGUGACAUCCUUUUGGAAUUUCCUACUUAUAAUGUAAAGAAGAUAAAGAAAGAAUAUGACUAACUUUGAUUCAAA